AGAUCUUUCCCUUUUCUCUUGUUUGUUACAUUGUCGAGUACCUGUUUCAUCAUGAAGGCAUCAAUAUUCGCUUCUGCAGUGGCCUUCGCAGCCACUGUGAUGGCUUCAGUCCCUACUCCACAACUGAAAGCGCCGCAAUUAUCACAAUUCCCUAAGAUGGGUGGCCUCCAACGUCGAGCGCAUUCGGGAACGCAGGUCCACAACGGCACGUUCGACCAGUACCUAGACCAUACCGACUUGUCCAAGGGCACUUUCAAACAAAGAUACUGGUAUAAUUCGGAGCACUGGGGCGGCCCAGGAUAUCCCGUAUUCAUGUUGAAUGGUGGUGAAGGUGAUGCUGAGGGCCUGACCGGUUACCUGGAAAACGGCACCUUGACAUACUUGUAUGCUGAGACGUACAAAGGCGCGAUUGUCCUGAUGGAGCACCGGUAUUACGGAAAAUCCCUCCCCUUCAAGACAUUCACAGCCGACACCUUGCAAUACCUCAAUGUGCCGCAGGCCAUCUAUGACAACACCCACUUCGCCGAAACUGUCGAGCUUCCUUUCGACAAGAAGAAAGGCGCCAACGCAGACAAGUCUCCUUGGGUGUUGAUCGGUGGCAGUUAUCCUGGUGCCCUUUCCGCGUGGACAUCUGUCAUUGCACCUGGCACCUUUGCUGCCUAUCAUGCAAGCUCUGCCGUCGUGCAGGCUAUUGAUGAUUUCUGGCAGUUCUUCACUCCCAUUGAGCAGGCCCUGCCGCGAGCCUGCUCUGCCGAUGUCAAGCUUGUCAUCAAGCAAGUAGAUAGCGUGCUUGACAAGGGAUCCGCCAAGGAGAUCGACGCCAUGAAGGAAGAAUUCGGUUUGGAGACUCUUGAGGACAAUGCCGACUUCGCGUGGUACCUGCUGAGGCCUAUCAUCAAGUGGGCAAGCAACGAGACCGCGGUAUACGAGUUCUGUGACUGGAUCGAAACGAGCACGAACAACGGCAACAUUAUCAAGGGCACCGAAACGUCGGGUGUUGGCUUGAAGGCCGCGUGGGAGGGAUACACAUCGUAUAUGUACAGUCGGUACAGCAAGGUGUGCGAGGGCGAGGAAGCAUGCGACUUGUAUGGAAAAGCGGUGGGAUACAACAAACCGAACGACCUCAGCACCGAUCGCAGUUGGACUUGGCAACUAUGCAACGAGCCCUUUGGAUGGUGGCAUGUCGGCCCGCCCAAGUCGGACGGCACCAAUAUCGUGUCAUCACACGUGCGGCCUGCCGACCGCCAGCGCCAGUGCGAUCUCCGCUUCCCACAGACGUUUGGAUUCAAGCCGGCCAGCUCCGAGGGAUUCACCGCGGCCAUGUUCAACGACUGGACUGGUGGUUGGAACGCCACCUUUGAGAAUGUCCUCUUCUGCGAUGGCGAGCAUGACGGUUGGAGGUCGGCAUCGAUGAACUCUGAUUAUCGCCCUGGUGGACCUGUCAAGACCACCGAAAAGACGGCUACCUUUGUGGUCAAGGGAGCGAACCACGUCCCGGAUUUUCUUCUGAACAACGGCGAAGACAAUGCCGCGAUCAUUGAGCAAGAGGUGAAGGUCAUUGGCAAGUGGAUCAAGGCGUGGAAGCCGAACAAGUCGUCAUAG